UCAAGUUUUUCACAUGAAAAGAGCCUCAGACUUCUUCAAAAUAUUUACGGCGGUGCACAGAGUUUCUGUCUCUUAGUUAGAAUUUAUUACUCAAAACAUUUCCUACUCACUUCCCCACUGUCUGUCCUGACAACCCACUUAAACUUAAUUACUGUACUCCAUUCUUCAGGGACCCAUUUCUUAUUUCACCCUAAUUUCUCUCGCAGUAUCUCUGCUAAUGUCACCCAUAUUUUCUUCUGAUUUUACCUUUCUUUACUGCUUUUUUAGCAAAAUUUUUUCUUUUAUUUUUAAAUCCUAAUCUUUAAUAGAAAAAAUCCAAUCUUUACUCAGAAGUCACCAGAAAUGAAAGUGCUUGGCGGGAGUUACUAAAUGGGGUUUCUGUGGUUGUAACAAAUGUAUGAUGAAAUAAUGGAGGUUGAGAAAAAACGUUCAAAGGGGGGCUUUCUUCACUUAUUUGAUUGGAAUGGAAAAUCUCGGAAGAAACUGUUCUCAAAUAAUCCUGAGUUAGAUGACGAACCAAAGAAAGGAAAAGAAAAUGUUGGAAAGAUGGCUAAGUCACUGCUUCAUGUGAUAGAGGUGGACGAGAGUAGAGCGAGUUCAAGUAAUAAGGCCAGUAGUGAUUUUAAUUGUGCUUCAUCAGUAACUAGUGAUGAAGGAUAUGGGGCUAGAGCACCUGGGGUAGUUGCUAGACUUAUGGGUUUGGAUUCGUUGCCAACAUCUAAUGUUCCCGAGCCUUGUUCUACUCCAUGUUCUGAUGUACGCUCUCUUAGAGCGUCUCAUUAUAAUAGGAAUAUCCCCGAUUUGUGGAGUGAAGAUCACUCAGUGGAGUAUAUCAGGGUUCCUAAUAAAGAGUGGUUUAAUCAGAAUAAUGUUGAAUCAAGGGUGCGCAAAGUGCAGAACCGACCAAUUGAGAGAUUUCAAACUGAAAUGCUCCCACCAAAAUCAGCUAAAUCAAUUCCAAUCACCCACCAUAAGCUUCUGUCCCCCAUCAAGAGUCCUGGAUUCAUCCUGACAAAAAAUACUGCCUACAUUAUGGAGGCUGCUGCAAAGAUAAUUGAGGCAAGUCCUCAGGCAAUUUCCAAGGAUAAAAGACCAUCGAUUGUUUCUACAGCUCCCUUGAGAAUUUGGGAUUUGAAAGAGAAAAUGGAAGCUGCGCACAGAGUGUCCAGGCCUCAAAAAUCUAAUGAGUCAGUUUCUGCAAGGUAUACAAAAGGACAGCAUAUUGGCCCGAGCCGUGGUGGAUCAGUGUAUCCUGCAGUCAAGGCUUCUAUGAAUCUGGAAAAAAGAAAUCCUGACAACAUUAGGAAGAAGGAAAAAUCAGUUUCAGUUACAGCACAAGCAAAGGUCAAUGUUAAGAGAAAAGAGGGAUCAACCUCCAGUAGUAAUAGGAGUUCUACAGACCAGAAGGAAAAGAGUGAUGUGAAAGCAAACCAGUCUUUUAAGAGCCAACCAGAUACCCAAAGGACAGUACAGAAACGAACUUCUGGGAGCAGGACUAGCAAUGUGCUUAAGCAGAAUAAUCAGAAGCAGAAUUAUACAUCGAAUAAAGACACUUCAACUUCAAAGACUUCUGUUCUCAAUCAGCAAGGCAGAAAAGCUAAGUCCACAAGUGGUACUAUCGGGCCAAAGCGGACUGUAAAUAGGGUGGUUGCCAAUGCCGAAACUGGUUCCAGAAAGACAGGCUUAACAACCAAUAAUACUGGAAAUAACCUUUCAUCAACUAAAGGAAAGAAUCUAUCUCAAAAGAAACAAUCUGCAAUUGUGAAUACUCACUUUGAAGUAAGUAGUGCUGAUAAUGAAUUGAACAAGAAAGAUGAAAAGUCUGUAAAGUGUAAUGUGGCGAUUGAAGGAUCCAUGAACUGGGGUGUAGAUAAUAGAAAGAAAGGAACGGACGUUGUUUCAUUUACAUUUUCAUCUCCCAUAAGAUCCAUGGCUGACUCUCAGUCCUCCAGUCGAGUAAUGGAGAGGAAUUACAGCUUCAAUAUUGAUUCUUUUGCUAACAAUAAUCAGCACUACUUAAAAAAUUCUACAUUUUUUUCUCCUGGGUUUAAUGGAAGUGCUGGUGAUGCUUUGAGUGUUCUUUUAGACCAAAAACUCAGGGAACUAACUAGUAAGAUUGAGUCAUCCCACAGUGAUAUGAUCCAAGAGGGUACUACCGGUAGUUCUGCAUCCAAUUUACAAGAUUCAGUGACCACACUUGAUGCAAUAAGCGCCAAAUCUCCCCGACAUGACAAAAGUGUUCAACUUGUUUUUGAUAAAGAUACAUUUGAUGGCCUAGACAACUCCUGUUGCUCCUCAAUUGACCCUGCGGCACUUAGCAUCAACCAGAAGUGGCAGUACCUGCAGCCUGAAGAAAUGGAAAUACAUAGCAGUAGCAGCAACAAAGAUUAUGCUGGAACAGAAGAUUGGCAAAGUUCUAGUGCCAUUUCAAGUCUUGAACCCUCUGUAACGAGUGUGAGCUGCUCAGAUAGCAGAAACAGUACCGAUGAAAGCAAGCACAUUCUGUUGGCUCGAGAUCAAGCAGAAUCCAGCUGGCUCCCUGCUAAUUUAUCUGUUCCCGUGGAUGAGGAGACAGAGUUAUCGGACUCGGCAUCUUCUAUAUUGGUGGGGAACAUAGGAAAAAGGCAUAGAAAUAGAUCAUUCAGUUUUGUAGAUGCCGAGGAAUCGAGCAGCUGGGAACUCGACUACAUGAGGGAAAUACUUGACAAUUCAGAACUAAUGGUGAAUGAGUUUGCAUUGGGUCAGACUGACCAAGUAAUAACACCAAAUCUCUUCAAUCAGUUGGAGAAUCAGAAAAACAAAAUGGGAAGCAAUGGGGAUGAAUUCUGCCAACUUGGAAGAAAGGUUCUGUUUGAUUAUGUCCGUGAAUGCCUGGAUUUCAAAGGCCUACAACUUUUUGUCGGAAGCUGCAAGGGCUGGUCUAAAUGUGUAACACCCUUUCAAAGGAAGGAUUGGUUGGCAGAAGAAUUAUACAAGGGAAUACGGGGUUGGAAUAACAUGGGAGAUUUAAUGGUUGACGAACUUGUAGACAAGGACAUGAGCUCACAAUAUGGCAAAUGGAUUGAUUUUGAAAUAGAAGCAUUAGAAGAGGGUACAGAGAUGGAGAAUAAUAUAUUAACUUCUUUGGUCGAUGAACUGGUUUCUGAUUUUUGGCUCUUCUAA